AUGUGUACACAAGAGACUUAUUUGCAACAGCACUUCCGACAAAAUCUUAGAGAGACAUCUUUUACAAAAGGAAAAUGUGCACUUGUUACUUAUGAUAAUGCAAACUAUGUUAUAGCUACCGAUAACGAUAAUAAUACGCCUGGUACAUCAUUAUUAGGGGUUGACCUUUCACCAGAAAUGAAAGACGACCUCCAGAUCUCGGACUUCGUAAGCGAUAAUGAUGAUGAUUCCAUAAAAGAUCCAAACUAUGAAUCAGAUUCUAGUAGCUCUAGUUCGUCCUCCUCUUCUACAUCAAGUGAUAGUUCUAGCUUAAGCAGUAGUGAUAGUCCAGGUUGCAAUGAUUUCUUGUCGAAUUCAAACAAUGUAAGCCAGGUAGCAGACACUCCACUUGUGGACUUUCAAGACAUUGAAGUUGCAGACACUCUAGAAGCAAACUUACAAGCAUCAGGACCUGAAGUACCAGAAACUCAACUAGCAGACACCCAACCAGCAAACACUCAACCAGCAGACACCAAAAUUGCCAGUCCUAAAAAAAGAGGGAAAAAGCGAGUAGCAGUGGCAGAAAACUGGUUAAGUAACAAAGCCAAGAAAUUACGAAACUCUGGUCAAGCAUAUACCUCAAGAUCUAUAUCACAAAAACCUAUUGUUGCCAGGAGUAUCAGACCUGCUUGUGGAGAUAAAUUCCGGCUGAAAUACUCUAAUAAAAUGGAUGAAAAUACCAGGAAAGAUAUUUUUUUUUAA